AAAUGUUUUCUAUUUGCAUGCAUGUUGAAAUGUAAUGAUAUAAUGAUAAAAAAAUAAAAAUAAAAUUGCCGUUCAUAGGUUUGGGGUACGUAAAAAAUGCAUCUAAAUAAAUUAAGAUGUUUUCAACAGUAGCAUUAGUCAGUGUUACUAUUAGUGGAGGACAUGAACUUCCCGACAUGUUAGCGUCCAUCUGCCCACCCGUUUGUUUCCUGUUACGAUCACGACCCAAUAAAGGAGGCAACAUGAUCAUGAAUGGAAACUCUAAAUAUAUAUUUUGGACGUGUGAGUAAAUAGGUGUGAAACAAACUGUGGGAUUUAUCAAGAUCGCAAUGCAUUAAUCAUCCGAAGAAAUGUGCUGACUUCAGUGCUUUGGAUGACCACACGUCAUGUCACAUGAAACGGUACUAAUCUCUUUCCUCUUUUAAUGUACGUGCAACAAAAUAAAGAUGUUACGUUUAGUUUCAUAAAGGAUGCUUCCAUCCAGGUUUUAAAGGAGCAGAACCGACAACCUUCCGUUUAUUUUUUUUUCCAAUCCAAAACUUCGACCUCUGCUUCACCCCGGACAGCUAUAAGUUCAUGCAAGAUCUUUCCAGACAAAAGCGGCUACUUUCAUGGAAGUCUGACCCAAUGUCCUGUCUACGAAUGACAUGACGGUUGAUUCACGCCCACUCACACAAUAAUAAAUAGCAGCGCGGGUUUCUCUUACAUUACAGUAUUACAGUAAAAAAAAACGCAUCGGUCUUCUAACCCAUCCAUGGCUCUUCAGCUCAUCGGUUAUAUUCUGUCCAUCGCUGGUUUGUGUGGCCUCAUUAUAGGCACAUUUACCAAUGAAUGGAAAGUCCUUGGACACGAAAAUGACAAGACUGUGAUUCUGGACAAAUACGUAGGACUGUGGAUGGAGUGCUCCGUGGACAGUUCGUCUCACAUGCGCUGCACAAGCUACAGCUCUCUCCUUCAUCAGAUCUUUGAGAUCCAGGUGAGCCGAGCCGUCAUGAUCUCCAGCAUCCUCUUGUCAAGCUUCGCCGCGCUGGUGGCCAUUUCCGGUCUCAGAUGCACGAGGUGUUUAGAAGAGAACAAGAAGUCGAAGGACAGAGCCGCCUUCCUGGGAGGAAUGCUCUCUGUGUGCGCCGGACUUCUCGCUUUGGGCAUAACCAGCUGGUUUAUAUACGGAGUGGUUGAGAGUUUCUUUCAGAAUGACACCGAGACGGACAAGUUUGUGGUCGGCAGGUCUCUGAUCGGUGCGUUUGUCGCAUCUCUGUUCUGUUUAUUCGGGGGCAUUCUCUUAUGCGCCUGCAGCGUGACGCAUCUACAAUCCCCAAAACCUCUCAGCAAGCACCCGGCCUCCAAGAAUCCUGAAAAAGAGUAUGUUUAAUGAAUCCCGAGGGACCGCCUGAAGAGCUAAACUUCGUUAAAUUGCAUGCGUUGUGUUUAUAAAGAAGUAGUCGGCAAUUAAGCAUUUUAUAGUAGUUCAAAAAAAACCUACACAUCAUCUCUAAUUAUAUGUUGUUUGUUUUACUAACUGACAUCCAUGUGUGCGAUUUAACAGCUUUUAUGAUGUUUGUGAGUCAAUUUAGCUUCUAGAAAACACGAAGGCUGGGAUUGCUUCAUAGUUGACCACAGAGGAAGAUUAUGUCAUAUCCCAGUCAUAGCUUUACAGUAAAUGUGAGGACAUUUUUACUAUAUUAGCGUAUUUUUGCUGUCAUAAGCAUAUUUCAAGCUGUGAUGUAGUGCAGAAUAUUUAUUAUAUUAUAUUAUAAAUACUUACGA